GCCCGAACCUUAGGAAGUUAGUGUAGCGGAGGUGGCCGGUAGAGGCGCGCGUGUCAUCUCGUCGCUGUUCGAGACGGUGACUACGUCACAUCAGUGUCAGAAACAAACGAACUGCGGUAGUCAAAUGGAGAUACAAAACCCGUGCUUGGUAUAAAGGUUCUUCUCGAAUUAUUUUUAAAUGUAGUAGCAUUUGUUUUAUAGCUUUUAUCUGCAUUAGAAGUACGUCUAAAUACAUGAAAGUAAAACGUUACUGAAACUAAUAUAACCAUACAUGAGAACUAAAUGUUGUCAUUUUUAUAAGAUUGCCUGACCAAUGAGUGCAGUUGUAACAAACAGUAUCCAGCCUUUCCAACGCCGUGUCUGAUAUUCUAUUCAUGUGUUUUAAGUAAAAAACAAUUAACAGUGAAUUAAAUCAAGCGAAUAGAGAGGAAUCAUUCAUGUGACUUCCGUUUGUGCUUUGUGCGUUUUGUUUGUGUACUAACGAAUUGAUGGGUUGAUGGAGAGCAAUCUAAUUUAAUAGACAACCGAAGAGAACUGUAUAAAGGGCAUUUAUAUUUCCAUCACGAACUGUAUAAUCGUUAUGCCUGAGUAGCUUAUUACUAAACGCGUAAAUAACAGACUUAACAUUAGCCAGUAUAUACAUGGACAGAUAAACUUACCCAUUAGUGAAAGAGCCCCAGUUUUUGUAUUACAACAUCUGAAAGAGGUUUAACGGAAGUGAUUGUGGGACUGUCUCUGAUAGUAAUAUCGAGUUCGUUGCCAUGUAUUAGAAUCUUGGAACGAUAUUACUACUGCAAAACCAGAAUUCAAUUUUACAUUAAAACUUUAAAUCUAUAGGCCCUAUGCUGCUUGCUGGAGAUUAGCCUGGCUUUAAGCUCUAAUGCGUAUGUACUGAUUAAUUUGUGAAGUAUUAAAAUUAGUACAAAGUACUAUUGAUUUUGCUUUGUGAUCCAUUUUGAAAAGAGAUUAAACUCUUUGUCAUUAAAAAAGUGAUAUAGUGUAUGUGUUAUAGACCCGGUGUUUUGGGGCAGAAAGUGCGCUUGUUGGGAAGUGUAUGUAAGGGCUAUGGGUUGCUGGAAAGAGUGCUAGUGUUGUGGAACCAAUAAUGGCCAGAAGGGCAGACGUGCAUGGUUUCCUGGGCCUGCUGCUUCUGUACGUCCUGGCGGUCACACUUCUUGCAUCCACAGGUGGGGUGCUGUCCCUGAAGCUGGUGAGGGUCAGUGUACCGCAGUACAAGGUCCGCGGCGACAUGGCGCUCCUGGAGUGUCAGUACGAACUGGGGCGCAACCAACUCUACUCCGUCAAGUGGUAUAAAGAUAACGAGGAAUUCUACCGUUACGUGCCUGGCUCGGACACCAUAAAGCAGAGUUACAAAGUGGACGGAGUAAGAGUCGAGCAUCAGAUGUCUAACGACAAACAAGUGGCCCUGAAGAGCGUGAACCUCAAGUCUAGCGGCACCUACCGCUGCGAGGUGUCGGCAGAGAGACCCAACUUCUCGUCUGCGGGAGGCGAGGGCCGGAUGGAAGUAGUGUAAAUGGGAAAAUCUAUUACUUGGUUCCAGUAUCCAGGAAACAUAAAUACGGGUAUCUAGAAGAUUAAUUAUUUCCUAAAAUAAUGCAGGAAGGACGAGUGUAGCUCGGAGAAACAUAUUGCUUCCAUCUUCAGGAUAGAGUGAGCCAAGCAAGAACCAAGCAAAAUUAUGCGGCAACCUGAAGGAA